AUGGCUCUGCUUCUUUCCUUCAUCCUCAACCAAAAGUGUUCCCUCCAAAAGUCCCUCACUUUUACUUUAAUCCCCAACAUAUCCUCCUCCCUCUUCUCUACUCUUUGCUGCAGAGACCACCCCACUUUACAUUCCUCACCGCCGGUCCCAAAGAAAGUACCCUUCACAGUCUCGGCUCACGGCACAACGUGGCAAGACCCCUACCGUUGGAUGUCCAACACCGACGACCCUGAUCUCUCCGACCACCUCAGCCGCGAAAACUCAUACGCCGAUGCUUUCAUGGCUGACAGUCGCGGCCUGCAACGUACACUCGUCUCUGAGAUGACAAGUCGUAUGCCCACCAAGAUUUCCACUCCUCCUGAGCUUUGGGGACCCUGGUUGUAUUACCAAUAUAUUCCGGAGGGGAAAGAAUACCCGGUUCUUUGUAGAAGAUUAGAACUUGGGAAGAAUGGUUGGAUUAAGAGUUUUCUUCAUUAUGCAAGAGGAGGAUUUGGAAAGGAGGAAGUUUUGCUUGAUUGGAAUGAAAUUGCCAAGAAAUAUGGUUACGUGCAUGUUGGUACAUGUCGAAUUUCACCAGACCACCAUUUCCUAGCGUACACACUUGAUAUCAAGGGUAAUGAACAGUUCAUUCUUCAGAUUAAGGACCUAAGACGUGGAUGUAUAAUUCCUAAAGUGCAAAUUAAUGGUGUUGUUAGCUUGGCCUGGGCUGAGGAUAGCAGUACUCUGUUUUAUACACUAUCAGAUGAGAAUCAACGACCUUACAGGGUUCUCUGCUCAAAACUAGGAUCUGAUGAUAUGGAUAAUAUAACUGUGUUUACAGAAAAUGAUUCCAGCUUCUGUGUAGACAUAACAAGCACAAAAGAUGGCAAGUUCAUAACUGUCAAUUCAAACUCAAGGACUUCAUCUGAGGAAGGAAUUUUACUAGUUUAUUUGAUAGAUUCUACCAACCCAUUAGGUGGUUUGCAGAAAGUGUGGAAGCGCAUUUCUGGUGUACAGUAUUUUCUGGAACAUCAUCUUGGAACAUUUUAUGUUCUUACUAAUGCUCCUUCAAAUGAAAGCAAGGCGUGGUCAGGUGAAGGUUAUUACCUAGCUACAUGCAGCGUUGAAGAUAUACUGUCAUCUAAUUGGCAGAAUAUCAUCCUUCCAAGUGAAGACUUCACCAUUCAAGACAUGGACAUGUUUAAUGGGCAUCUGGUUCUUUCUCUUAACAAGAAGGAUUACUCUAUCUUUUGUUCAAUUGAUCUGCCUAUGGCUGUUGAUUGUAAGCAUCAAGUGAAGAUUGAAGAUCUUAAUCCUUGGUUUUUCCCUCUGCCCUCAAAUUCAUGUACCGUUGCUCCAGGUUCAAACCAUGACUUCCAGAACUCAUCAUACCGUGUGGUGCUCUCUUCUCCUGUGAUGCCUGAUGUAGUUAUUGACUAUGACAUGCCAACACGGAGAUUCUCAGUUGUGCAGCAAGAAGAAGUGAUUGGCUUUCGUGGCACAAGCCCACCAGCCAAUGAGCUAGAUAUGAACCAAACUCUUGUUCAACUAAAUGAGAAGGAUAGAAAUGUCCAUAUAAGUGAAUCACAAACAUGGAAGGAUUUUUCUGGUGAAUACUGCUGUGAAAGGAGGGAAGUUGUUUCCCAUGAUGGUGUUAGCGUUCCUUUGACCGUACUGUACUCUCAUACGGCCUGGAAAAAGGGUCAGUCCCCUGGGCUUCUACACGGAUAUGGAGCAUAUGGGGAGGUUUUAGAUAAAAGCUGGUGCACUGAUCAGCUGAGCUUACUUGACCGGGGAUGGGUGGUGGCAUUUGCUGAUGUGAGGGGUAGCGGUGGAGAUUCUUCGUGGCAUGAAGCUGGGAGGCGGUUUAAUAAACUGAACUCGAUUCACGAUUUUGUAUCAUGUGGCAACUAUCUGAUUAAAGAGGGUUAUGUACAUAGAGAUCAGCUUGGUGCUAUUGGAUGUAGUGCUGGAGGUCUUCUUGUUGGAGCAACUAUCAAUAUGUAUCCAGAUCUAUUUCGUGCUGCUAUUUUGAAGGUUCCAUUCCUUGACGUAUGCAACACUCUAAUGGAUCCCAGUUUGCCUCUCACGAUUCUGGAUUAUGAAGAAUUUGGCAAUCCUCAGAUAAAGUCCCAAUUUGAGAAUAUCUUGAGUUAUUCACCUUAUGAUAAUAUCUCCCAAGGCAGUUGCUACCCUUCAAUGCUUGUUAGAGCGUCCUUUCACGACUCCAGGGUAGGGUUUUGGGAAGCAGCCAAGUGGGUGGCCAAAAUUCGAGAUAGCACAUGUCCUCAUUGUUCUUCUUCUGUUAUUCUGAAGACAAACAUGGGUGGAGGACACUUUGGCGAAGGUGGACGCUAUGCUCAAAGUGAGGAAACUGCGUAUGAUUAUGCUUUCCUAAUUAAAGCUAUGGGGAUGCUGAAGAAUGAAAAAUAA